GCUGCGGCGAAACAGACAUCCCUAUACUAGAAGAUCCCAUGAUUUAGAUGAUCCCAUCCAUGAAAUCUCUUAUACAGAAUGCAAAUCUUUUCAGUUCCCUGAAUGAUCACAGAAAAUCGAAGUCAGCGUUACAUCAACCCCCGACCAUGGAUGCGCCACGGAUAUUGAGGGCGAGCAGGUAAGGACUAUAUUCGUUUUACUUGCUAAAAGACAUGGCCACGAGUUCUAUCUCUAUCUUGAGUUCAACUGUGAAAAGAAGGACAACUGCAAUGUAUGGCGGACUUUUGAAGUUGUAAUCGGUUUGGACGAUUUUGG